UUUUAAAACGAACUGAAGCCAUUGCCGUCGAAGCUCGCCCGUCUGUGUAUAAAUAGAGAUGUGGAGUGGAGCAGCAAAGGUAUCUCAAUCUCAAUCUCAACCGGUGUGAGUGUUUUAAGAGUUGGUUUGAUCGCCCAAGUUACACGUUAAGCCUUGGCGAGGGAGAUCACUUUGGAGCAGGAUAUAGUAUUUUAGGUAUAGCCUGCAAGAUGAAUGUCAAAAGUUUAUUGAAUAACAUCUCUGCUCCAAAAAUUCCAACAAUUCCAUUGACCUCUCAAAAUGGGAAUGCGGAGAAGUUUGAAAUCAAAGGAGAAGUGGUGUUAAUGAAAGCAUAUCUUGCGGAUGUUACCGACUACUCUGCCACGAUAGCGGACACGGUCUCUGAAUUGCUCGGGCGGAAAGUCUUUCUUCAGCUCGUUAGUAGCGACAAGAUUGAUCAAGAUUCGGGAUUGGGGAAGAAAGGAGAGGAGGAAUCAAUAAGCUGGAACCCACUGGAUGGUCCCAUCGCUGGUGACUCGAAAUUCUCCGUCAGCUUCACAUGGAACGCUGAUCUGGGAGUGCCCGGUGCAUUGAUGGUGAGGAACUCGCACCCGAGGGAGUUCUUCUUGAGAUCGCUCACUCUUUCUGCUGUACCCGGCAAACUUCCAGCGCUACGUUUUGUGUGUAACUCCUGGAUCUACCCUUACUAUUUAUUCAGCAAAACCGACCGGGUCUUCUUUUCUACUCAGAGCCAUCUUCCCAAUGAAACGCCGGCGGGGUUGUUAACGUUGAGAAAGAGAGAGCUGGCUUCUCUGCGAGGAAAUGGGACCGGAGAGAGAAAGUUUUACGAUCGUGUGUAUGACUACGAUCUUUACAAUGAUCUCGGUAACCCAGACAGCAAUCCUGAUCUCCGCAGGGAGGUGCUCGGUGGAUCGCAGGACCUUCCUUAUCCCAGAAGAUGUAGAACUGGACGUGCCCGGUGUAAAACAGAUCGGAAGUUCGAGAGCUUGCCUCUGUUGUCCACCACCCAAUACUUCAUUCCGCCAGACGAGAAGUUCCCUCAUAUCAAUCUGUCCGACUACAGGUCUAAUUUGGUGCGAGCCUUGGCCAAAAAGGUGGUACCCACCAUCAAAUCCAUAUUUGGCGAUGAGUUCCACUCGCUGCAAGACGUGAGAGAUAUUUACAGCAAAGGAAUCCCCAAGUCUAUCAACAACGUCAUGGAUCUUAGUCGAGACCUAAUUCCUCUUCAAAUGGUGAAAGGAUUGCUCAGCACACAGGACCAAGCUCUCAUACACUUCACAGUUCCCCAAGUCAUUAAGGCUGACGAACAUGCGUGGAAGACUGACGAAGAGUUUGCACGCCAAGUUCUUUCCGGUCUCAAUCCCAUGGCCAUUCAAUGUCUGCAGAGCUUUCCUCCAUCAAGCAGCUUGGACGCCCAGUUAUAUGGCCCUCAAGAGAGUUGUAUAACGGCAGAGCAUAUCGAGAGAAACCUUGAUGGGCUUACCGUGCAGCAGGCUUUGGAAGCAAAAAGACUGUUUAUUUUGGACUACUACGACGCGUACAUGCCCUACAUCGAACGCAUUAACAAAGAAUCAGAUCAUCGUAAAAUGUACGCUUCCCGCACUCUCUUCUUCCUCACAGACCAAGGAAUUCUGAGGGUUGUUGCGAUCGAGUUGUGCUUGCCUCACACCAGUCUCACCCAAUGUGAAAGUAAUGUUUAUACCCCUGGCCAAGAGGGAGAAGAAGGCGCUCUGUGGCUGCUCGCCAAAGCACAUUCAAGAGUUAAUGAUGCCGGUUAUCACCAGUUAAUCAGUCAUUGGCUAAGAACUCAUGCUGUCAUCGAGCCUUUCAUCAUUGCUACUCACAGGCAGCUAAGCAAAAUGCAUCCCCUUCACAAACUAUUACUCCCUCAUUAUUUUGACACCAUGGACAUUAAUCAAUCUGCCCGGCAGAUUCUGAUUAAUGCAAAUGGUGUUAUUGAAGAAGGAUUCACACCCUACAGAUACGCCAUAGAGUUGUCCUCUAAAGCAUAUAAACACUGGAAACUCAAUGAACAAGGCUUGCCCGCCGAUCUAAUCAAAAGAGGGAUGGCAGUUGAAGACUCAACGGCACCUCACGGACUGAGGCUUGUGAUAGAAGACUACCCAUAUGCAGUUGACGGUCUGGAGAUCUGGGGUGCUUUAAAGCAAUGGGUGAGUGAUUAUGUGUCUCUCUACUACAAGAGCGACGAUGCAAUCAAGGAAGACGCAGAAGUGCAAGCAUGGUGGAAGGAGGCGGUGAAUGUGGGGCAUGGAGACCUGAAGAAUGAAAGUGGAUGGUAUCAGAUGGAGUCAGUGGAGGAAGCGGUGGAAGCGAUUACAACCAUCAUUUGGAUUGCAUCUGCUCACCAUGCAGCCGUCAACUUUGGGCAAUAUGCGUACGGAGGAUACAUGCCCAAUCUCCCCACCCUCAGCAGACGCCUCAUUCCUGAGCAACAUUCCCUUGACUACGCCGAAAUGAUGAAUGACCCAGAGGGGUUUAUGCUCUCAUCUGUCUCCACCCCCAACCAGGCCACCACGGUGAUGGCGGUGUUGGAGCUUCUGUCGAAGCAUUCAACGGAUGAAGCCUACUUAGGGCAGGUGAAGGGAUCCACUCAUGAAUUGACUGACGAUGAGGGCAUCGAACAAGCGUUUGGAAAAUUCUCUGCAACUCUGGCGGGCGUGGAGAAAAAUGUGUCAGAGAGGAACAAAAAUUCCAACCUGAAGAACAGGUAUGGGCCCUCCCAGGUUCCGUACACGCUGCUCUAUCCGGGCACUACUGAUCUCUCCAAGCAGGGCGGAUUGACCGGCAGGGGAAUUCCAAACAGCGUUUCUAUUUAAUCUUUGUCUCCUUUUAUUCCAGCGUUUGAUUUACAAGUUUUUGUUUAAAACAGCAGCUGCCACGAUUAUGCAUCACUGUCGGGCUCACUCACUAAAUGUAAUUCAGUAACGUGUGCACUUAUGUAGAACUGGGUGUAGUUGGCACCCGCCCAAUUCAUCAUAGUUUAAUAAAGAAUUGCCUAAAGAGGUGCAGCUUUCCUUCCCUUUUGUUUCUCCGUAUUACCCUUAGUCCCCACCUGAUAGUCACUGAAGUUUUAUGGCUUAUGGCUAUCUUAUG